AUGUCCUUAAUUCAGAGGUUUUGGGCCACUAUAUUCAGAAAUUAUGAUAAGGUAGCUAAGCUUAAUACAAUUAUUGUGAAUGGAGUGUGGUCCUUCCCUCCUUACUUCCCAGGUGUGGUUGCUGAGGAUUUUAUGGUAAACAUAGUCAGCAAAACUGGUCAAGAUGAAGUUCUGUGGGCUCAUGGGAGGUUUAGUUUGAAAAAUGCUUGGAGUGUUUGCAGGGCUAGAGGGCAAAUAGUCAGAUGGAAGGGGAUUUGCUGGAAAUUCUGCAGACCAAGGAUCUCAAUUUCGGUUGUCAUUGUUGUGCAUAAUAGGAAUUUGUCUUGUGUUAACUUACAAAGGAGAGGUUUUGCUGGGCCGGCCAUCUAUCACAACUGUUUUAAUGAGGAAGACACUAAUGACCAUUUGUUUUGUACUUGUCCAUAUGCUGUUCAGGUUUGGCAACUAGUGUUAUCUAGAUUGAAUCUGGUGCAAUUUCAAGGGUUAGAGUUGCUGUUGGAUUGGUUGCUGAAGAUGACUCAUUGUCGUCAGACCAAACUGUUAAAAGGAGUUGUUUGUAUGUUUAUUUGGAAGAUUUGGAUGGAAAGAAAUAAUGUUUUGCAUGGUGGAAUAAAGGAAUCAGCUUCAGUGGUUGCCAAUAGUAUUGUCUGGGAGGUGCUGAAUUUAUUUUCUCUUGGUAUUGCUGAUGUGUUGGAUAGUCCAGAUGGUGUAGGCUGA